GGUUCAUGAGGUGCUCCAUUUCCCAGUGCCCUGCUGGCCCUCAAACACCUCUCUCUCUCUCUCUCUCUCUCUCUCUCUCUCUCUAGCUGCCAGCAGAUAGGUAGGUAGAAGAUGAGCUCGAUCAGCAUGAUGGAGGCCAGAAUGCCUCCCGGGUUCAGGUUCCACCCGAGGGACAACGAGCUCGUCCUCGACUACCUCCUCCACAAGCUCUCAGGCCGUGCCCACGGCGGCGCUGCCAUGGUCGAUGUCGACCUCAACAAGUGCGAGCCAUGGGACCUUCCAGAAGCCGCGUGCGUGGGCGGGAAGGAGUGGUACUUCUUCAACCUGCGCGACCGCAAGUACGCGACGGGGCAGCGCACCAACCGCGCCACCGUGUCGGGCUACUGGAAGGCCACCGGCAAGGACCGCGCCGUCGUCGCCGGCGGGGACGCCGCGGUGGUGGGGAUGCGCAAGACGCUGGUGUUCUACCGCGGGCGAGCCCCCAAGGGGAGGAAGACGGGGUGGGUCAUGCACGAGUUCCGCCUCGAGCCACCGGCGGCGCCGCCGCCGCCGUCGCAACAACGCCAGCUCCCAGCUGCGGCGAGGCACCAGCGUCUCAAGGAGGACUGGGUGCUGUGCAGGGUGUUCUACAAGAGCAGAACAACCACCCCAAAGCUGCCAUCUGAAGAUGCCCAGGACGGCACCCGAUCAACUGAGCCGGACCUGGCGGCUGCCCUGCCGCUUGCACCCCUCACCGACACCUACACUGCCUUUGGCGCCACCCCGACGGUAACCCAGCAGGUGUCCUGCUUUUCCGGCCUGCCGGCGCUGCCGUUCAAGAGACCAGUGAGCCUUGGUGACCUGCUGGCCUUUGACACCUCUGAGAAGGUAUCCGUCGGGACAGUGAUGCUGAGCAGCAUGCCAAGCAACAGCAGUUCAGUACUGGAGCUGCCUCCAAAUUGCAACUGGAACCAGGAAAAUGUACUGUCACAGAUGUGGAACCCCCUUGGAAUAUGACAUCUGUGUUAGUGAUGAUUAGUAUUGAGUGGUUGGUAGAGUUUCUGCUGCUUAAAUUCGAUUAGUAUAGUGUGACAUACAGCAGAGUAGAUUGUUCAUUAUUGGACUAAUGGCUUGGUGUAGUAUUUGUACAUUGGACUGUUGCUAAUGAAAGGAGCUUGUCUUUAUCUCC